UUAAAUUUUCAUGAGGUGAGAACUGAGAAUUGUUGCACAAGCGCAAUGCAAGUAUGAACCCAAGCUGCAUGCUUAUAAAUCGACGGACAAAUAGCAACAUAGCACAAUUACAACAUAGUAUUAUACAUUAAAAAUGACAAACAAAACAUAUAAUUCGCUCGAAAAUGUCGAUGGAGUCUCGGAAACUUCGCAUGAGGAGGAUAAAGGUCAAGAUGAAACAAAUGGAGCUGCGAAAACGGUCAACAAUGAUGUUGAUUCUGAUGACACAUUAAGAAAGAGAGCAUGUUUACACGAAAAAAAACGAUAAUUUUAUUUUCCAUUUCGCUUUACUGGUUUAUAGUUGGUUGUGCCUUUGCAAUGAUAGCACCUUUCUUCCCUGGAGAGGCAAGCCAGAAAGGUGCAAGUUUGUCUACUGUUGGAAUGAUAUUUGCUAGUUAUCCUUUGACUAUAUUUUUUGUGUCUCCAAUUGUUGGAAUUCUUAUACCAAUAGCAGGACCAAAGACAGUCCUACUUCUUGGCUUGAUUAUAGAGGGUGGAACUCAGAUUCUCUUUGGCUUUGUGGAUAUGAUGCCAGACAAAGAAACAUUUGUUGCAUUUUGCUUCCUGAUUAGAAUUGUGAGUGCCAUUGGUGGAGCUGCAACGUCAACAUCUGCCUUAACAAUAAUAACACAAACAUUCAAAGACAACCUAUCCCCAGCUGUGGGCAUAAUGGAAACAUUUGGUGGCUUUGGAAUGAUGGCAGGUCCCCCUAUUGGCGGACUUCUGUAUUCAGUUGGUGGAUUCAAGUUGCCCUUUCUAGCUGUUGGAAUCCUUGCGCUUGUCAGCUCGAUACCAAUUUAUUUCAUUCUUCCAAAAGAUGAUACUAGAACUGAAACAUCAGAAACAGAUAAAGGAGCAUUAUGGCGGGCGUUAAAGAUACCCGCAAUAAUUGUUGUUGCGGUAUCGAUUGUUGUUAGUGGCAUUGCGUUGAGUUUCUUAGAUCCAACCCUGCAGAAGCAUUUGCAAAAGCCAUUCCAUUUGAACAGUUUUAAAGUGGGCUUAGUAUUCCUCAUCGCCCCUGGUUUAUAUGCAAUUCUGGCACCUCUAUUUGGAAUGAUUGCUGAUAAAACCGACAAGAGAAUUACAAUGUCUCUAGGCGCAAUAGUAUGCGGCAUUUCGUACAUAGCAUUAGGACCUUUCCCCCUCAUACCUUCAGCCAUCCUGCCUCGGACUCUUUGGAUGAAUUGUAUUGCUUUGGCAUUACUUGGUUUGGGUGUAGCGCCGUUAUUUAUCCCAGCUUUAGCUGACAUGGGCGAGUCGGCUGAACGAUAUGGUAUGAACAAAGGUCUCGCAACCAAAAGCGCUUUGUCUUCGAUAUUCAAUUCGAUGUUCAACAUUGGAGCUAUAGCUGGUCCCACGGUGGGUUCAAUACUUGUGGAGCGAUUGAACUUUGGUUGGGGAGCCGGGAUAAUUGGUUUCUGUUUAGCUUUAACGGGAUUUGUCAUACUUGUGUUUACCUUUUUCGAACGAAGAACAAGAAAAUAUAAAGAGUCAAAGAAGACUGAUGUUGAUGAGAGUCGCCCAAUUCUUGCCUAGUGUCAAUGCUACUGGACACGCGCUAAUACCCCGUGCUGGUCACUUUCAAAUGGGUUUGUAUCAGAUCUCAACUGUUCCGUGACACGUUGGAGAUUAUGUUUUUAUGGAAAUAUUUACUUACAUAAAAGGACACUUAAUUUUAAAUUUCAACUAGUUACUUUAAACAAAACAUUCUUGUCGUCUUUGUGCAAAUACAUUUAACAUUUAUUUAUCCUUUCAUCAAUAGUUAUUUCACCCACUCUCCCUUUUUAUUCUUCCCAAGCCUAAUCUUUGUCACUGUUUUCUUCAUCUUUUUAUGCAAUAUUUUGUUGUAGAUAUGUUCAAAGUUUUAAAAAUUGUACUAUAUGACGAGAGGGGCUGCUUUGUGCCAAUCAACUACACCCCAACACCGCUUUACAGUAGUUGAUGGGCAAAAUUGCUAAUUUUCUGUGACAAUUUCGUUUUAGUUAGUUAAAAUUUAGCAUGUUGUCUUUGCAAAUACCUCCAUCGUCAAGCUAUAUCUAUCACGCUCCCAAGCCACCCACCCCUUUUAUCAAGAUGCCCCAAUAGAUUUAUGUGUAGAUUGAUGACAGAGUAGAAUCUUGUUAUUUCAGUAGCUUUUUAAAACGUCUUCAUUCUUUAACCACAAUACAAUUAACUCGUUUUUUUUAAUCGCAGAAAUUCCUUGCAGUUUUAUUAAUUUUGUACUUUUUAUGCUAGUUCGAUUUGAUUAUACUUUUCCUCUGCCAUUUUAAUUAUGUUGCAAUUUAACAACUUAGGAUAUGAGCUUUGGCCAUUAAUAUUUGAAGUUAAGGCCUAAGCGCCUUGAAGGGUGUAGAUUCAUAUGUAUACUUUAAAAUAAUCAGUUACCUGAUACAGUGGAACCUCAAAUAGCGGCAGCCUUCAGGGGCCAAGCUUAGUGGUCUUUUUUUAAAGGUUACCUCUAAAGGAAGGUUUUUUCAUAUAUUCUCCUUAUCGAAAAAGCGGAGGUUUUCACAUGUGGGAUCACCACCAGUUCGGCAGGGACCUGGGACUUCCUCAACUAACCGCAAAUCUGGAGAUGGCUGUUCCGCAGAAGUGACCGUUAUUAGAGGUUUCACUGUAUCAGACCUGUCAACCCUCCCGGUUCAGCCGGCAGACUCCCGGUUUUGACUGCUUUCUCCCGGUCUCCCGUUUUUUUAAAUUUUUCUCCCGGUUUCAAAGAUGUCUAGCAGAAUGUCUAGGAAGAAUCUUCACCGAAUGUUCGAUUAAACUGCGUAUCUCAUGCUUCAAAGACAGGUCCAUCGUGUAUGUUUUCUUUUUACGGAGGUAAAAUUAAGAUAUAAUGGUCACAUUGACUUCCACAUGACAAUCUUUUUUGUUAGUGCUUACUGAUUAACAAAAAGCACUUAAAGUUAUUAUGAAGAUACCUCUCAUGAUCACUUUUGUCGUAAACUGUUUGCCGAGCACAACAUUUUAUCAGUUAUAUUUAUUCCCUUAACAAAUCACUGCGAUCUCCCUGUUUUUGACCAAAUCUCCCUGUUUUUCUUUAGGAAAAAUCUAAAAUCUCCAGGUUUUGAAAAUUUAAGGUUGACAGGUCUGCUGUAUAUGUGUUUAUUACUCAAUUAGAUAACUUUUUAUCCUUAAAUUUUUUGCUGAAUGCUGCAAAAUUCGUUACAAUAUAAUUGUCUGCAAUAUUUGACUUAGUCAUGUGUAAUGUUAUAUGAAUCUAAGCUAUUGUGUAUCUCUCUACAGAA